CAGAGUGACAGCGAGCUAGCGGUGGCUACUAGCUUCACGUCUACCGACUGCUACUGACCUCCGCUCCCAAGAUGGCUGGUGCUCGAGCCCUUGGUGUUCUUUCCAGGUUGACAUUAAGGAGAUUUGCUCUCUUAACAGGCAGUAGGUAUCGCAGCUUCUCUGUAGCUCCUGCCAUGCUAGCUCGCACACACGUGAACUAUGAAGUCAAGGGUGAUGUUGCUGUUGUACGAAUCAACGACCCAAACUCCAAGGUUAACACCCUGUCAGUCCAAAUGCAAAAGGAAAUGAGCGAGGUAAUGGGUGAGCUGUGGGCCAACGAUGCUGUUCAAAGUGCCGUCCUCAUCUCCUCAAAGCCUGGAUGCUUCAUCGCAGGAGCGGAUAUUAAUAUGAUCCAGAGCUGCAAGACGGAGGAGGAGGUAGCCAAACUCUCUCAGGAAGGUCAGAAAAUGUUUGAGCAGAUUGAAAAAUCUUCAAAGCCCAUCGUCGCUGCCAUCAAUGGCUCUUGCUUAGGGGGAGGCCUAGAGUUUGCCAUUGCCUGCCAGUACAGAAUUGCAACAAAGAGCAAGAAGACAGUACUUGGUACUCCUGAAGUAAUGCUGGGUCUUCUCCCUGGAGCUGGUGGUACUCAGCGACUCCCCAAAAUGGUCGGUCUACCUAGUGCCUUUGACAUGAUGCUGACGGGAAGAAAUAUCCGAGCAGAUAAAGCCAAGAAGAUGGGACUUGUUGACCAACUCGUAGACCCUCUCGGACCCGGCCUUAAAAGUCCCGAAGAAAGAACGAUAGAUUACCUUGAAGAAGUUGCCAUCGAAUGUGCGAAAGGAAUCGUCAACAAGAAAAUCCCUCUUCGUAAAGAGAAAGGGACAAUGCAGAAAAUUCAAGACUACGUCAUGAGCUUUGGAUUCGUACGCAACCAAAUUUACAAAACUGUCCAUGGUAAAGUUAUGAAGCAGAGCAAGGGACUUUAUCCAGCACCUCUAAAAAUCAUUGAAUGUGUGAAAGCUGGAGUAGAACAAGGCCCUGUGGCUGGAUACCUGGCUGAGUCUCAGAAUUUCGGUCAGUUGGGAAGAACCUCAGAAUCAGCCGCCCUAAUUGGUCUCUACCAUGGUCAAGUCGCAUGCAAGAAGAACCGCUUCGGAACCCCCGAAAGAGAUGUGAAGACUCUUGCCGUCUUGGGAGCAGGUCUAAUGGGAGCAGGUGUGGCUCAGGUGACUGUGGACAAAGGUGUGCACACAAUCCUUAAGGACACCACUGAGGCUGGACUGGCCAGGGGACAGCAGCAGGUUUACAAAGGGUUCAAUGACAAAACCAAGAAAAGGAACAUCACGUCCUUUGAGAGAGACUCCAUUCUGUGCAACUUGACGGGCCAGCUGGAUUACAAGGGCUUUGAAAAGGCCGACAUGGUUAUUGAAGCUGUGUUUGAGGACAUUAACAUCAAGCACGCAGUCCUGAAGGAGGUGGAAGCUGUUGUCUCCCCUCACUGCAUAUUUGCCAGCAACACGUCCGCUCUGCCCAUCAAGGACAUCGCCGCAGUCAGCAAGAGGCCAGAUAAGGUCAUCGGAAUGCACUACUUCUCUCCAGUCGACAAGAUGCAGCUCCUUGAGAUCAUAAGCACUGAUAAGACGUCGAAGGACACGAUUGCCUCUGCGGUGGCAGUCGGCCUGAAACAGGGAAAAGUCAUCAUCGUGGUUGGGGACGGGCCUGGAUUCUAUACCACGAGGUGUUUGGCUCCGAUGUUGGCUGAAGCUGUACGAGUACUUCAGGAAGGAGUUGACCCCAAGAAGUUAGACGGACUCACGACGAGCUUUGGUUUCCCGGUGGGUGCAGCGACACUGGCUGAUGAAGUCGGCAUCGACGUAGCCGCCCAUGUGGCAGAGGAUCUCGGCAAAGCUUUCGGCUCUCGCUUUGGAGGUGGAAACGUGGAGGUUCUGAAGACGAUGGUCGACCAGGGAUUCAAGGGACGCAAAUCCGGGAAGGGUUGCUACGUCUACCAGCCAGGACUUAAAUCCAAAGAGGUUAACCCAGACAUUGGAGAAAUCCUGGAGAAAUACAGGAUGACUCCAAAUCCUGCUGUUUCAGCGGACUCGGACGUGCAGUACAGGCUCGUUUCCCGCUUCGUCAACGAGGCCAUACUGUGUUUGCAGGAGGGUAUUUUGAACAACCCGCUGGAAGGAGACAUCGGGGCUGUGUUUGGUCUGGGAUUCCCUCCUUGCCUCGGAGGACCUUUCCGCUUUGUGGACAGUUUUGGCGCCGACAAGCUGGUGGAGAAGAUGAGAAAGUACGAAGCCGUCUACGGGAAUCAUUUCACUCCAUGCCAACUCUUACUGGAUCACGCCAACGACUCCAGCAAGCGAUUUCACAAGUGACCGACUCGCCACACGUGCCCGUAGCAACGAAUAAAACUCGUACCUUCAUAUAUCAUGAGUGGAGGGAAACAUUCUGAGAAACACACAGCCAGUUUAUUAGGUACGUCCAAAAGGUACAGCUUUUGUGUGAUCACUUUGGAGGCUGUAGAUACUGUAAUUUAGCCUAAACUUUACGGUAUGAAUAUUAUAGGAGUGUUCAAACAUAAGCACCUUUGAAAAGAAUGCGUAGCCUCCAUUAAUACUAGCUCCAUGUACCUAAUAAACUGACAACUGUGCGUCAUCGCUAAAGUGUUUUUUAUAUUGUACUUAACAUUGAUUUACCCAACAGCGUCUAGAUUGAGUGGCACUUAUUACACACACACACACACACACACACCACUUGUGUCAAGACACUAAAGAGGCAAAGGAAUUAAAAUAUUUUCCAACUUGAGAACUGGUGACGGAUGAAUGUUUGCUUCAGCAAGUGUCUUUUUCUGUACAUUCUAAGAUUUUUCUGGCCUGUUCUGAGUGUAAUGUAAAUGCAAAGCUUGAAUAAAUUCUUUUGUUAUUGAA